AGUAGUUGGCGAUGUGACAUGUACGUCAACCGACCCGUAUGAGUUUUAAAAGUUGUGUGUGUGAGCUGUCCGCUGCUCGUCCAUGCUGUUGUUGUAAGCUGGGCUGCAGACUCUGAAAAGGUCUGACAGUUGCCAUAACUGCUAGUACUGAGGUGGACCUGGCUGGUGCUCCUUUUGCUCAGUUAAUUACCGCAAGUGAGUUCAUGGACCGGUAAUGGUAGUACUAGUUUGUUCAUGGUGAAGUGUCUGAGAGUGGGCUUACACAGAAGCACCAUGGCUAUGUGGAUCCAGGCCCAGCAGCUGCAAGGUGAGGCAUUGCACCAGAUGCAGGCGCUGUACGGCCAGCACUUUCCCAUCGAGGUGCGACACUACCUGGCCCAGUGGAUCGAAUGCCAACUCUGGGAUUCAGUGGAGUUGGACAACCCAGCGGAGGAAGCCAAAGCGAAGCGUCUGCUGGACAACCUGGUGGCUGAGUUGCAGAGGAAAGCCCAGCUACAGGGAGGAGAGGACGGUUUCCUGCUCAAGAUCAAGCUGGGCCACUACGCCAACCAGCUCAAGAGCACCUACGACCGCUGUCCUUUGGAGCUUGUGCGCUGCAUUAAACACAUCCUGCACUCAGAGCAGAGACUGGUACAAGAAGCUACAAAUGCCAGCUGCGGAAGUGGGGGGCAGGCCAUGGACAGCCUGUCACAGCGCCACCAGCAGAUCAACCAGGCCUUUGAGGAGCUCCGCCUAGCAACACAGGAGACUGAGAAUGAACUGAGAAAGCUGCAGCACAGCCAGGAGUACUUCAUCAUCCAGUACCAGGAGAACAUGCGCAUCCAGGCCCAGCUGAGCAGCCUAUCUUCACUACCCCCAGCUGAACGCACCCAGCGGGAGACCACCCUGCAGAGCAAGAGGGCCACUGUGGAGACCUGGCUCACCAGAGAGGCCAGCACACUUCAGAAAUACAGGCUUGACCUGUCAGAACAACACCAGAAGACCCUGGUCCUGCUGAGGAAGCAGCAGACUCUGAUCCUGGAUGAGGAACUCAUCCAGUGGAAGAGGAGGCAGCAGCUGGCUGGCAAUGGGGGUCCUCAUGAGGGGGGACUGGAUGUCCUCCAGUCCUGGUGUGAGAAGCUGGCUGAUCUGAUCUGGCAGAACCGGCAGCAGAUCCGACGCUGUGAACAUCUAACCCAGCAGCUCCCUCUGCCAGGCCCCAUGGAAGAGCUGCUGAGCAAACUCAACGCUGACAUCACUGAUAUCAUCUCCGCCCUGGUUACCAGUACCUUCAUCAUUGAAAAGCAGCCUCCCCAGGUGUUAAAGACCCAGACCAAGUUUGCAGCCACAGUGCGCCUUCUGGUGGGCGGGAAGCUCAACGUCCACAUGAAUCCACCUCAGGUCAAAGCUGUGAUUGUUAGCGAGCAGCAGGCCAAAGCUCUGCUGAAGAAUGAGAGCACACACAGUGAAAGCAGUGGAGAAAUCCUCAACAACAACUGUGUAAUGGAGUAUCACCAGGCCACCGGCACCCUCAGUGCACACUUCAGAAAUAUGUCACUGAAGAGGAUCAAGCGUUCGGACCGUCGAGGUGCAGAGUCGGUGACGGAGGAGAAGUUCACAGUUCUGUUCGAAUCACAGUUCAGCGUCGGGGGCAACGAACUGGUCUUCCAUGUCAAAACCUUAUCACUGCCUGUGGUAGUGAUUGUCCACGGGAGUCAGGACAACAACGCCACAGCCACAGUCCUGUGGGACAACGCCUUUGCUGAGCCGGGCAGAGUGCCGUUCAUCGUGCCAGACAAGGUGCUGUGGCCCCAGCUGUGUGAGGCCCUUGAUAUGAAGUACAAGGCAGAGAUGCACAGUGGGCGUGGCCUGUCAGAGGAUAACAUGGUCUUCCUGGCACAGAAAGCCUUUACAAGCAGCAGCAACAACCCUGAGGACUCCCGCAACAUGACCAUAUCCUGGGCCCAGUUCAACCGGGAGAGCUUACCUGGACGCAACUUCACCUUCUGGCAGUGGUUUGAUGGAGUUGUGGAGCUCAUGAAGAAACAUCUCAAGCCUCACUGGAAUGAUGGGGCCAUCCUGGGCUUUGUAAACAAGCAGCAGGCCCAGGACAUGCUGCUGUCGAAACCCAACGGCACCUUCCUGCUGCGAUUCAGCGACUCAGAGAUUGGCGGCAUCACCAUCGCCUGGGUGGCUGAGAACCCCAACAAACAAGGCGAGAGGCUGGUCUGGAAUCUGUUGCCUUAUACAACCAAGGACUUUUCCAUUCGCUCCCUGGCGGACCGCAUCAGUGACCUGAACCACCUUCUAUUUCUCUACCCUGACCGGCCCAAAGACGAGGUCUUCGCCAAGUACUACACCCCUCCUCUCUCAAAAGCAGUGGAUGGAUACGUAAAACCACAGAUCAAACAAGUUGUGCCAGAAUUCACCACCCCGAAGUCUGAACCCAGUGGAGGAACUCCUACGUUCAUGGACCAAACACCUUCUCCCUCCGUGAGCCACCCCAACAACUUUGGUGUCUACCCUUCUAUGAGUCACACCAUGUUGGAUGCAGAUGGAGACUUCGACCUGGAGGACACGAUGGACGUGGCUCGCCAUGUGGAGGAGCUGCUCCGCAGGCCUAUGGCCAACCAGUGGAGCAGUCAACAGUCCUGAACAUGAAACAACUGCAACACUGGCAAAACAUUUCCUGUGUUCAUUAGUUGGCACAUCCACAUCACAAUACAUUUUCAGUUUAGCUCCCAUCAGGGGUUUUGGAAGAGAACAGGUCUGGUAAUGAAUCCUCGUCUCCUUGCCCGAGUGUCUGUCGAGAAAGUAAACCUGCCAUCAAAAUUCAAUGUUACUGACAUUUGGCAGAGGCUGGUGUUAAUGUCCUCUCCCGCGCAUAGUUUCUCAGGGUUGAUGUGUUUAGCUCAUUGGGAUUUAUAGAAAAGGAGAUGCAGUCAGUUUUUAUGUAAGCUUUGCAUUCAUAUAUGCCUGGUGAGCUUUUAGCUGGCAAUAGCAGAUGUUCGCAUACAAAUUCACAGUGGACAAAUUUAGCUUUUAUUUUUUAUUUUAAAGGUUUGUUGUGCAUCUACUCAGUUAACUUUGGUUAAUGUGGCUCAAUGCUGUAAAUUAUAUUGUCAGGGAAUAUUUGUCACUCAUUUUUCUUGGUAUAUAGUAAAUCCAUAAAAUUCUUUAAAUACUUAAAGUAAGGCCAUGUAACUUUUGCUGAACAUCAGCAUCUGUGACCACAAGUAGAAUUUACAGCAUGGUCGCAAAUUAAUUUCCAAAGAUUCUCUUGAGUCAGUUUCUUUAAAGACGUCCUCAUUAGGGACAAACAUGUCUCCCAGUGAGGUACAUUUGAUCUGUUGUGCUGUUGUUAGCUUAGCUGUGGCUUAAACCUUAAGACAGGAUUCAACCCAGGCUUUCUGAAACAAAAUGAAGUGGUUUAUUCUAAACCCAGCUGCUGAUGUAUAAAGAGAACUGGAUCCAGCGUUAGAGGCUUGGCCCGUCCAUUACUAUGAAAGUUGCUCAGUGGUGCAUGAAGCCAAAAUGGUUUGACUGCGGAAUAAAAUAACCUGCAUCUUCAGCAUCCAUGGGGCCCAUAGAGCAAGCUCACUAGCGUUUCCUUUAAACCCGCCUCCAAACCGCCCGGUCUCCGCUCGUUCACAUUAACACAUUCAACACAUUAGCUAGGUCUCCAGUAUACACACAUUGUGUUUUGGUGAGUUGUAAAGAUAAUCUGUGUUUAUAUUAGAAGUACACAGUGACACAGAGUAUUUUGUGACAAUCAAAAUUGCAACUCGACUGAUAAAACACUGUAUACCGUUUCAGUUCUGAAUGCUUUCCUCUGCAGUUAGAGAAAUCAACUGAGGCUGAACUGUAAAAUCACAUCUAAAAACAAUAUCUUUAAUAACCAUUUUCUUAAAAUAAUGAACAUCCAGCAGUGUUAUGCUGAGUUUCUCAUCAUCAUCAUCAUUUUGACACGGCCAUCAGGCUGAACCUGUUGUAAACCACAGCUAAGCUAGCCAGAUGCUAAGCUAGCCAGAUGCUAAGCUAGCCAGAUGCUAAGCUAGCCAGAUGCUAAGUCACACAGCAGCGGAGCCUUUGUGUUCAUUUGAGUUUUACUUUUGUGGUAAAAGCACCUAAAUGUUAUCUGCUACAUGCAGACAUAGUGUAACAGUAGCAGAAAAGUAGAACAGAGAAGGGCCAACUGCCUUGGUAAAGUGAGGCACCAACAUGUAUCUAAAGUUCGCUAACAGCCACCAUAAGCCACCAAUAGCUGCAGGUCAGAUCAAGUAAGACUGUAGCAGCAAAACCAUUAAGUCUGUUGAACCGAACAAGGGGAACUUUAUUACUCAUCAAUUCAAUUUAAUUUCUUGUCAGAGAAUGAAUUGUUUUAUUAUUGACAAUGUUUCAAGUACUGAAUACUAUUGUUUGGUGCUUUUUGUAUAAUAUUUUAUAUUACAGCCAUUUUCUGAUGUUCUUGUACUACACUGCCUUUAAAACAAAAAGUCUGUCCCUGACGGUCACCAGUUAGAGUCAUUCUAAACUCUUAACUGGCAUUUGUAUACCAAAAGUACUUUAGAAAGUACGGUUAAAUUGUUAAAUUGUAUUUGUGUUGAACGAGUUGUCCAUCAGUGAUUUAGUAUUUCACUUUCAUGAAGUUGGGGGACUCGAGAGAGACGGGUAUUUUUUUUUGGAAAGUGAUGAAAUUCUAUUUAGUUGGAUAAUAACCCAGUAGCUUCUCCCUCUCCGGCUUGUUGUCAACCAAUUAGCUGCUAAAGAGCCGGUACAGAAUACAGGAUAUUAUACUGCAGUGAUCAGUCUGCGCUACAUGUCAUUACUUAAUAGUUUUCUUCGAUAAUUAUUUCCCCACUUAUUCUGAUUGUUAAAUGCAACUUCUGGUUCAAAAAGGUUUGAAUCUAACCCUUGAAUUUUAGUAAACAUAAGUAUUACUGAGCAUAUUAGGAUGUAUCCAUCCUCUGACAGUUGUAUUCCUUUGCUCACUCAUAGUAACAAUCUGUGGUCUUGAAAAGCAUUUUUCUACAUGGAGGAUAUAUUUUGUUUGGAAGCCAGUGGCAGUGUUUACAGUACUGCACUCUCACUGUACAUAAUUUAUUAUUACUCAUGAUUUAACCGAGUAAAUUGAAGUGACCAUUGUGUUGUUUCACUCCUCUGAUGCACUGUAUUAGCUGCCUGACACAUCUUUGUUCAAACCCAGAGUGAACUUGACAUUUAACCUGAGCCUAAACGUGACUAAAACCUAAAACUGUACAGUUUCAACAAUAGACUACCUAAUAAAAUAUUUAAAUCCAAUCCUGAGCAGUCAAACCCAGACCCAGUGGGUAUACUGAACUGCUUACUGAUUUGUGGAAGUCUGACUGACCGUUCCAGUGAAUGAUUAUGUUCGUAGAGAAUCUCAAACAUAUUCCAUAUAUGAAUAUAUGUUGUCAAAAUGGAACCUUUAGGCCUUUGUGUGUGCUGUCUUACAGCUAAGCUUAGUUAUCUGUCAGUGGAUUCCUUUCGGAAAAUGCUCAUACCUCAUACUUUGUAAUAGUUCUUUGAGUCAGAAGUGUUUGUUGACCAUGUGUUCCACACUGCUUCUGAAAGUGCCUGAAUACAAUGAUUGUGUCAGAUCUGCACCCUCAUGGUGGAUGAAUUCAUGACCAGACUGAGACCUGCUCUGCAUAUGAAGCUUUUUCUAGAUUCUGGCUUCUAAUCUUCAGUAAAAGCUUUUUGUUUGGACAUACAGGCUCUGUAGAUCUGUCUAUGCCUUGUGGAUUGUUAAGGGACAGCACUGUCCAUACAGGACAUUUUAAAGCCAUUGCCAUUAACGCUGCACUACUACCAGCCUUAACUAUGGGAUGUCUAAUUCCUUUGAGAAAACACAACUCACCCAGAAUGGAAGUUAACACAGUAAACCUCAAGAAAACUCACUGUGAAAUAAAUGUAGAUGAGUCCAAUUCAACCAAAUGAUACCUGAUGACUCGAGUGUAGAAACCGUUUUAACUCUCAUGCUACUUUCGCCUCUAAUGCUUUUUGUUAGAUUGGUAAAUAAAAGCUGAAACAGCAAAAGUGAACAAGUACUUUGAUGCUCACACCAGCAGUUAUUUGAUGUUCAUGCUCAUGCAGUGCUUGUCUUUGAAUCAACUUAAUUUAUGUUUGUCUUCAGUGUUAUUCACUUCUCUAGCUCACAACUGCUGUGUGUUAGCUGGCUUCUGUGCAGCCUGUGGCCUGUUUGAGAACUUUGUAUUUACUUCCACAUUGUGCCACAUUCUGCUGGAAGCUUGAUGUUGGGAUUGGGGACUUGAAAAUAAAAGUUUUUAUAUUGAAUCAUA